UCCCUCCCUGGUCCUGGCCAGCUGUCUCCCAGCGUCUGUUGGCGUCCCUGCGCCCAGCUUUCCAACCAGCCUCCAGCGACCCCGUGGCAAUGGAGCUACCCCAGCUAAAGCCCACGCUGAGCUUGAUGAGUCUCAGUCCGACCAGCAUGCGUGGUGGGGCCGAGCGUCCGGGCCACCUCCCAGGCCUUCGGCUGGGAGUUCUAGACCUCCUGGGGUCCCCAGAGCGCGCAGCCGCUUCCUCGCCGGUCACUACCCUCACCCAGACCAUGCACGACCUCGCCGGGCUUGGCAGCGAAACCCCAAAGAGUCAGGUAGGGAACCUGCUCCUCCGCAGCCGCAGCCGGCUGUCAUGCCUAUCCUUGUCCCGGCGGGCGUCCGAGUCCUCCCUGUCGUCUGAGUCUUCUGAAGCUUCUGAUGCAGGUCUCUACUUGGACUCCCCCAGCCCCAUGGACCCCCAGAUGGCAGAACAGACGUUUGAGCAGGCUAUCCAGGCAGCCAGCCAAGUCAUUAGAAAUGAGCGCUUCUCCAUCAGACGCAUCCAGUCCAUGCCAGUGAGGCCUCUGGGCCACAGUCCUGUGCUCCGGAACAUCACCAACACCCAAGCACCGGACAGCUGGAGGAGGAGUGAGGCGGGCAACAGAGCUGCCAGCAGCUCUAGGAAAGACAAGGAGAAUGAUGGAUUUGUCUUCAAGAUGCCAUGGAAGCCAGCACUUCCGAGCCACGCCCAGGCUAUGGCUGAGUGGGCCAGCCGCAGAGAAGCCUUUGCUCAGAGGCCAAACUCAGCCCCUGACCUGAUGUGCCUCAGCCCUGAACGGAAGAUGGAAGUGGAAGAGCUGAGCCCCCUGCUCCGACGCCGUUCCUCUUUGACCCCCAUGGAAGGGGCUGCUGAGGAAGACGAUGGAUUUGUGGACAUCCUAGAGAGUGACCUAAAGGACGAUGAUGAGGUCCCCCCAGGCAUGGAGAGCCUCAUUAGUGCCCCACUCGUCAAGACCUCGGAAAAGGAAGAGCAGCAGGACCUCGUCAUAUACAGCAAAUGCCAGCGGCUCUUCCGCUCUCCAUCCAUGCCCUGCAGCGCCAUCCGGCCCAUCCUCAAGAGGCUGGAGCGGCCACAGGACAGGGACAUGCCCAUCCAUAGCAAGCGGAGGAGGAGUGUGACCCCGCCAGAAGAGCAGCAGGAGCCCGAGGAACCAAAAGCCCGUGUCCUCCGCUCGAAGUCCCUGUGUCAUGACGAGAUCGAGAACAUCCUGGACAGUGACCACCGUGAGCUGAUCGGGGACUACUCUAAGGCCUUCCUCCUACAGACUGUGGAUGGAAAACACCAAGACCUCAAGUACAUCUCACCAGAAACAAUGGUAGCUCUGCUGACAGGCAAGUUUAGCAGCAUUGUGGAGAAGUUCGUAAUUGUGGACUGCAGAUACCCCUAUGAGUAUGAAGGCGGGCACAUCAAGACAGCUGUAAACCUCCCCCUGGAACGGGAUGCCGAGACCUUCCUGCUGCGGAGCCCCAUAACAGCCUGUAGUGUGGACAAGAGAAUCAUCCUCAUCUUCCACUGUGAAUUCUCAUCUGAGCGCGGGCCCCGGAUGUGCCGAUUCAUCCGGGAACGAGACCGUGCUGCUAACGACUAUCCCAGUCUCUAUUAUCCCGAGAUGUAUAUCCUCAAAGGAGGCUACAAGGAGUUCUUCCCACAGCACCCGACCUUCUGUGAGCCCCAGGACUACCGGCCCAUGAACCAUGAGGCCUUCAAAGAUGAUCUGAAGACCUUCCGCCUCAAGACUCGCAGCUGGGCUGGGGAGCGAAGCCGACGGGAGCUCUGUAGUCGGUUGCAGGACCAGUAAGGGCUUGCCUGCCUGACUACCUGCCUCAUUUCUACUGGUCUGGGAGCCACCAGUGGGCCUGUGGGGUUGAGAGCAGGCUGGAGGUCCCAGGUGUCAUCCAGGGGAA